CUGAUUGCUGGUGUUUUUUUUCAGAGGGCAAAAACUUUCUACUUAAGCGUUCGGUGACACCGGGUCAUUGCCCCCAGACUCCUCUCUCUUCUGCAGCCGCCCCCUUCUCGUUCGCUAGGGUUUCCUCUCCUCCCAAAUCCCCCCAAAUCCACCCCAGAUCCCCAACCUCACCCUCCCAUGGCGGCCGAGGAUCUGAAGAAGAUGAUCAUGCUCAAGUCCUCUGACGGGGAGGAGUUCAAGGUGGAGGAGGCGGUGGUGAUGGAGUCGCAGACGAUCCGCCACAUGAUCGAGGACAAGUGCGCCGACAACGGGAUCCUGCUCCCCAACGUCAACUCCAAGAUCCUCUCCAAGGUAAUUGAGUACUGCAACAAGCACGCCCAGGCGGCCAAGCCCGUGGCCGAUGGUGCAGCAGACGGCGCUUCUGCCCUGUCCCCCGCGGAGGACCUCAAGAACUGGGACGCCGAGUUCAUUAAGGUCGACCACGCCACCCUCUUCGACCUCAGCCUCGCCGCCAACUACCUCGACAUCAAGGAGCUUCUGCACCUCACCUGCCAGACCAUCGCCGACAUGAUCAAGGGCAAGACUCCGGAGGAGAUCCGCAGGACCUUCAACAUCAAGAACGACUUCACCGCUGAGGAGGAAGAGGAGAUCCGCAGGGAGUACCAGUGGGCCUUUGAGUAAAUCUACAACCUGCCGCGUUGCUCGUUGUUUCCGUAUUUCAACGCUACUUUUUAAUGUCGGAAUUAGUGUCUUAGAGUCGAGGUCUGCUUUGUGAACAUCCUCAGUGGUUGCUUAUGUCUGCAAGAAGAAAAACUAUCUAUCUAUCGUUGGUCAGUGGUCAACGCUUGUGCUGCA